CUUCUCUCUCUCUCUCUUUUUUUUUUAUUUGCUCUUAUAAAAAUGACAAGCUUAAAUACAGAAUAUCCACAGCCAACAUUCACAAAAGAAAACAUUAUUCGUUCUACAGCAAUUACUUUUUCAGACGACGAUAGUGCCUGUUCGUUCGAUUCUGAAGAAGAAGAAAAGUUACUGACGCCACCUAUUCAAUCAUCUUCGCCCUCUUUAGAUCAAGAGGAGGAAGAACCAGUAAUCAACACAAUUGCAGAAGAGGAAGAAGAAACUGACAUUGAUUGGGAAUUCUGGUCCAAAGUGAUUUCAGACUUCAAUAAUUUCAACCAAUCAGAGAUAAAGCUACUCUCAUUUCAAGUGCAGCGUGGUAUUCCCUCUGCACUGAGAGGCACUAUCUGGCCAUUGCUUGCCAAAAAAGUAGAGAGUGGCUUACAAGACGAUUAUAUUCACUUAUUAAAACAAGAGUCUGUCUACGAAAAGGCAAUUACGCGUGAUUUGCAUCGUACAUUUCCUCACCACCCUUAUUUUCAAAGUGCGAUUGGUCAAGAAUCGUUAUUUAAUGUCGUCAAAGCUUAUUCCUUGUAUGAUCCUGAAGUAGGUUAUUGUCAGGGCUUAUCUUUUGUCGCUGGUCCUUUGCUUUUAAACAUGCCUGAAGAGGAAGCGUUUUGUAUCCUAGUGCAAUUAAUGCAAAACUAUAAAUUAAGAGGCCAUUUUACACCUCAGCUCGAUCUUUUACGACAACGUUUAUUUCAAUUCGAUGGAUUAUUACAAGAUUAUUUACCUCAUGUACAUCGUCAUUUCUUGGAACAAGGCGUUCGAUCUAAUAUGUAUGCCUCUCAAUGGUUCUUGACCAUGUUUGCUUACAAGUUCCCGCUCAAGGUUGUUUAUCGUAUCUACGAUACCUUGUUCACAGAAGGUGUAGACUGUCUUUUUAGAAUUGGUUUGGCCUUACUGUCCAAGAACCAGUCAACCAUCUUGUCGCUUGACUUUGAGUCUUUAGUGACGUACCUUAAAGAUGGUAUGCUUACUAUUUACAAUGACAAUAUCACGGAUCUGCUAAGUGAAUCCUUUGACAUAAAGAUUUCUACGAGACGGUUAGAAAAGCUUGCUAAAGACUACCAGAUCGAGACAAUCAAGGCAGACACUGAAGCGAGUCUGAUUGAAUCAUUGCGAAAGAAGAACCGAUUGUUAAGCGAGCAAUACCAAAGCCUUGAGACGGAGAACAAGAUAUGUCAAAAGGAGCAUGCGCUGGUCGCAGAAGAACUGAUUGAAAAGAAGCUAGAGUUAGCACGCGUGCAUGAUGAGAAUGAUGCACUUGUUCAACAGGCAAGUGAAUUAAGACGAGUUUUACAAGUGAUACCAGGGCAGAUCGAGAGCCAGGUGCAGUCUGAUAUGACAAUCCUGUGUGUCAAGAAUCAAGAUUUGACCCAAAAGAAUGCGCAAUUACAAGAUCAAUUAGCUGAUAUGGAAACAUUAGUGAUUGAAAUGAAGCUCAAGUACGCACAAAGUGAAAGUGAUCGAUAUAGUCUAAAUCAGAAAUUAUUGGACUUGAAGAAAUGGAUGAAAAAUGUUUAAAAAAAAAAUAAGACCUCUCUUCCACCGAGUCAACUUUUUUUGUCGUUUUUGAAAAAAAAAAAUAGAUGUUUAUAAAUAUACCCUGCCCUUACUUUUUUUUCUUUUUGUUUUUCUCUCUCUCUUUUU